AUGCGAUUGGCCUUGGCGCUCGUUUUCGCAGCGAUCGGCGCCGUCGAGCCGCUAACACCCGGCGAGAAUUGCGAGAUGUGCCAAAUCGUGCUGCGGACAGUCUACGGUCAUUUCUCCGCAAACAUUCCGAGCCGCAAGAAGCUCGGCAAUCAGCUCAAGCACGAGUGCAAGCGGCAUUUUCAUUAUCGCCGACGCUGUUUGAUGGCCGUUAAGGAUCAGGAGGAGUUUCUGUAUCGCGAGAUGACCGGCGGCGAUUUCAAGCCAAUCAAACCAUGUUUUAUAUUGAAGGAAUGCAAACGCCUUCAAUCCCCUCUGCCCGAAGAUUUCAAAAUCGACAACUCGACGAGCAUCAUCGAGGCUUCAAUAAUUGAAAACACAACCACCACUACGACAAAUUAG